GCAGCUCCAGCUCUGCAGUGCCUGGCAGGGUCUGGUUGGGGAGGGCUUUGGAUCCUGUGCCUGGGGAACUGCACAGGACACUGAAACAGAGAAGUGUAAGCCUGCCUUGGAAGCCCCACCUCCUCCUGAGGAGAUGCAGAGCCUCAGGACUGAGCAGACACAGGGACUGCUGCCCCGGGACAGCAGGGCCUGGGAGAAGCCUGGCCACCCCACCUUCCCUAAGGACUGGGAGGCUGUGGAGGUCGGGGCCUCCAGCUGCGACAGCGAUGAGAAAGAUCUGUCUUCCCAAGAGACAGGGCUGUCUCAGGAAUGGAGCUCGGUAGAAGAAGAAGAUGACUCUGAUGACUCCCAGGGCUUUAUGGAGUGGUCCAAAGCUCCACAGCAGACAACCAUCGUGUUGGUAGUAUGUGUGCUGUUCUUGUUCUUGGUUUUAACCGGGAUGCCCAUGAUGCUCCACAUUUAAAUGUCAUGGUUGCCACUGUAUGGAAACAUAAGCUCUGUGUCACAUUAAGGAACUGUCCUGGCUAGAAACAAGGCAUGGGUACUGAACAUUAUGAAACGCCUUUCAAACAUCCAUCGAGAUGAGUUUAUUAUUUUUUAAUUUGUUUAUUUUAAAGAUUUAUUUUUUAAUUAUGUGUGUCUCUCUCUGUCUAUACGUGCUAUUGUGAGUGUAGUACCAGCAGAGGCCAGAAGAGGGAGUAUGAGCCCCUGCAGCUGGAGUUGUAGGCAGUUGUGAGCUGCCUGAUAUGGGUGCUGGGAGCAGAACUCUUGUCCUCUGCAGGAACAGUAAGCAUCUUUUACUGUGGAGCUAUCUCUCCAGCUUCAUGAGUUUUUCUUUUUAAAUUUUUUAAAUUAAACCUUCUUAGUAUGAGGUUUUUUCAUUACUGAAAAAUUUUUAAGUGAACUCAUCACUGUAAAAACACAUUAUUUUGUGUACUACUGAGAAAUUUUGUUUACUACCAAAAAAGAAAAAUGUGAGUUAAUUGUAAGACACUGUGAAUUGGAAGGCGUCUCUUCAGAGAAGGUAAAAAAUGUACAACUUAGGGUCAAUGUUGAACCAUUUUCUGUCUUUUAAAGAUAUUAUAUUACAAUUUAAUGUUUUGCUUGUGUGUGCAUCUAUGUAUCAAGUAUGUGCUUGGUGCCUGUGGAGGCCAGAAAAGUGUGUUGGGUCCCUUAAAAGUGGAGUUACAGAUGGUUCUGAGCCACCAUGUGGGUGCUGGGAAUUGAACCUGGUUCUUUUGGAAGAGCAGCCAGUGCUCUUCAUCUUUCCAGUCUCAGCAUCAUAGCAUCUUCAGGAUGUACUCUCUUUCCACAUACGACCUUAUUUUUCUUGAUAUUUUAUGUAAGGAUUCUUGCCUCUAUCUUGAUGUCUCUGGUUGGUGCUAUUUUGUGAAGUUUUGGUCUUAUGACUUAAGCUUGCAUCAUUGAAAGAUCUGAGUAAGUUUUUACACUUUUUAAUGCUUUCAAAUAAUUUCUGUAGCUUGAGAAACAUCAGGUUCUUGAUAGCUUAAAAAAUUUACUGUGACUGGAGAGAUGGCUCAGUGGUAGAGAGUGGUCAUCACUCUCGCAGUUCUUUUCCUGUCACACAUGAAACACACAGUGCUCACAGCUGCCUGUAACUCCUGCUCCAGGUGUCAGGCUCCCUCUUCUGGACUCUGGGGACAUGACACUCGUGUACAUAACCCACUCAUAUCCCCCCCACAUGCACAUAUAAUUAAAAAAUAAAUCUUCUAAAUUGUUUAUUUUUUUAAAUAAUUCAAUAAUAAUCAGUUCUGAUUUGUGAGGGGAAUCUCAGGAAAUGUUUGGACAGAGUUUGAGUUGUCAGAACUCAUUUAUCAGUCAUUACUUUGAUAAUUCUAUAUUGUUAGCUUGUGAAUUUUUUUUAAAUUCUCCUUGGAUUCAUUUUGAUGAUUUAUAAUAGUCUUUUAUCCUCUAGAGAGUUCUUCAUUCCAUAGACCUUUUGAGAUUAUGAACGCUAUUUUUAUAAUUGAACAGAUUCUUUGCUUUCUUUUCUGUCACUGUUCUCCUUUCAACUUGUCUGUGGUUUGCUUGAUCUUUAGUUUUACCAAACACUUAUCUGGUUCUUAUUACUGUUUUCCCAAAGAUCUAGUGUUUGGCUUUAUUUAUAUCCAUUAUUUCUUUUAUUUGUUAUUUAUUUUUUAAUAUAUUAAAUUAUAAAAUAUAUAUUGUGCUUAGGUUUGACUACUUUUAUUUCUUGUGUCACAUUUUAUGCUGAAUACUUAAUUUAAAUUCUCUCUGUACUUGCAAUAAUAACAUAUUUAAUAAUAGAAAUGUCCUUCUGCGUAUAACCUUGGUCACGUCCUGACAUUAUAUAAUCGACAUCUUUGCUUGUUGUGACUUUUUUGUAGCACUCCUACUAAAUGCUUGGAAGUUCAGUGGUUUAGUUUGCUUUUUGUUCAGAAACGCUUUUGCCAGGCUGGGCAUGGCUGGGGAAAUAGUUCAGAGGGUAAGAGAGCUUGCUCUGCAAACAUGGGGACCUGAGUUUGAAUCCCCAGGAUCAGCACAAUGCAAGACUGUCUGUGCUGUGAUCUCAACACUGGGAGGUGGUGUUGAGUGGAGACAGUGGCCAGAGCUCACUGGCAAGCCAGCUUAGCCGAAAGCUCAAGCUUCUAGUUGGGUGAGGACUCUGUCUGUGCAAGGCAAUAAGGUGGAAAGCAAAGGAGGAAGACAGCCCAUGUCCUGCCCUAGAUUCCACAAGCACAAGUGGCUGAGCACUUACACACUCAGAUGUGUGCUACCAACCCUCCCACCCCCACCCCCACCCUUGUCCCCCACCCACCAAAGGAAAAGGAGUUGUCUAAUUUUUAUGCUUUGCUAAUGUAACCUAUAAUAUAUUUGCUUCCAAAACAUUUUUUCAGAGCUUCAGCCAUGGCCAAGGACAUGUCCUGACAUUAUAGCUGUUACAUGGAUAGUUAAGAUGAACCUCUGCUCUUUGUAGACUAGAGAGUCAUGUUCACCUGCUAUGUGACUUUGAACUGCUGCCUCUGUUAAUCUGACUGACCAGUAUAUUUUUAUAUUUACUUUAUGUACUCACUAGUUGUAUAAUUCAAUACAAACAAAUCCAGAGCUAUUAUAACUUGUCGGUUAAAUGACAUAUGUAAGACACCAGGCACAUAAGGCAUAUAAU